AUGCCGUCGUCUUCAGCGUCCUCUUCAUCGAAGGAUAAGGACAAAGAAAAAGAAGCUAGUAAGACUAAAAAGACGACCGUUGUCACGAAAUCCAAAUCGAAAGAUGAGGCAGACGGAAAAGCUAUGGGUGUUGAUGAUAAUAAAGCAAAAGAUUUGACUAAUAAUAAAUCAUUAUCUGUGAACACAUCUUCGGCAGCGAAUAAUACUGGAAACAAAGCGGCGGGACGUUCCCCAAAUUCACUCUUGCAAUCUCCUCAACCGCAAACGGAAACAAUGACGAGUGGAAACAAUCUGAGCGCCAGUGGUUCGAGUCUAGCUGCACCACACCCACCACAAACGCCGUUGACUAAAGUUCAACCGAUGACUGGCGUGCCAAACAUUCGCAAAGAUAACCGGAGAAAUUCCUCGCGAUUUAACAUAUCGAAAAAUCGUGAAUUGGUCAAAUUACCAACUCUGAAAGAUGUUUCAGCUAGCGAACGAGAAUCGCUGUUUGUUCAAAAGCUGCAACAAUGUUGUAUAGUUUUCGAUUUUCAACUUGAUCCAUUAUCAGAUUUGAAAUGGAAAGAAAUCAAACGUGCAGCAUUGAAUGAAAUGAUUGAUUAUAUAACAACCAAUCGAGGUGUCAUCACUGAUCCAAUCUAUUGCGAAGCUGUUCGAAUGUUUUCCAUCAAUCUUUUUCGAACAUUACCACCAGCAAGUAAUCCAUCAGGUGCUGAUUUCGAUCCGGAAGAAGAUGAACCGAGCCUUGAAGUUGCUUGGCCACAUUUACAACUUGUUUAUGAUUUCUUCUUACGUUUUCUCGAAUCGCCAGAUUUUCAGCCCAACACAGCAAAACGAUACAUUGAUCAAAAAUUUGUCCUCAACUUAUUGGAUUUGUUUGAUAGCGAAGAUCCACGCGAGCGAGACUUCCUCAAGACGAUUCUUCAUCGUAUAUAUGGAAAAUUCCUCGGACUACGAGCUUAUAUACGAAAACAAAUCAAUAAUACAUUCUACAAAUUUAUCUACGAAACAGAACGACAUAAUGGUAUAGCUGAAUUAUUAGAAAUUUUAGGAAGUAUUAUCAAUGGUUUUGCAUUACCAUUAAAAGAAGAACAUAAAGUAUUCCUAAUCAAACUUUUACUACCAUUACAUAAAGUGAAAACGCUCAGUGUUUACCACCCACAAUUAGCUUAUUGUAUCGUGCAAUUUCUUGAAAAAGAUCCGAGCCUAACUCAACCGGUGAUCAUGGGUUUGCUAAAAUAUUGGCCGAAAACUCAUAGUCCAAAGGAGGUUAUGUUUCUCAACGAAUUGGAAGAAAUUCUCGAUGUUAUCGAACCAGUUGAAUUUCAAAAGGUCAUGGUACCUUUAUUCAAACAAUUAGCAAAAUGUGUAUCCAGUCCACAUUUUCAAGUCGCGGAACGUGCUCUCUACUAUUGGAAUAACGAAUACAUAAUGAGUUUAUUAACGGAAAAUGCUACGGUUAUCCUACCGAUAAUGUUUCCAGCUUUGUACAAGAACACGAAAACUCAUUGGAAUAAGACAAUACAUGGUUUGAUUUAUAAUGCAUUGAAAUUAUUUAUGGAAAUGAAUCAUAAAUUAUUCGAUGAAUGCUCGCAGAAAUACAAACUCGAAAAGCAGAAAGAAAAAGAAAAAUUACGUGAACGAGAUUCCGCAUGGUUGAAAAUUGAAAACAAAGCUCGACAAAAUCCCAACUUUAAAUUGUGUGCAAUGAAUCAACCAGAAUUGUACCGACCUGUUGAUAAUGAUGACGACGAUGCUGGUGCAGCAAAUAUAACAGCGAAGGAGAUCGAACAAGAAGCAAAAGAAGCAAGUCGCGCGCUGCAAAAAGGCAAACCCAUGAUAAGACGCAAGAGCGAAUUGCCGCAUGACUAUUCGACAUUAAAUGCAUUAGAAAGACACAAGCGACCUAAUGAAUUCCUUACUUCGGCAUCUGAAAGCAAUCCCAACAACCAAUAA